AUGGCGUCACAGAAUUAUUUGGAACUUUUACAUUCAUUGUUUGGUGACCUUGCGUUUAGACUGUGUAACAGUCUGUUUUCAUGUCUGAACAAGAAGGAGCUCUCGCGACCGCAACUAGUCCCAGAUUCUGCAGCGAGAAUUCUGAACCGCACAAAUAAGAGGAACCACAUAUCCGCUGUUGUAAAAGAACUUCACUGGCUGCCAGUGUCCUAUAGGAUCAAGUUUACAAAUCUGGUUCAAGCCUUCAAAGACUUGUAUGGUCAGGCUCCCUCUUACAUCAGUGAUCUGAUCCAGCCUUAUACCACAACUCUGAGGUCUGUGGAUCAGAAUCUGCUGAAGUUUCCACACACUCGUUUUCGGACAAGAGACAUCUGUGAAGAACAUCUUCUCCCUGGGCUUCUAGAGUGGAGCUUUAAGAUGGAGCAGGGAAAGCCUCAGCCCUCCCACAUUAAAGAAGAGGACGAGGUGCCACAGACACCUGACAACAACAAAAAAGAAGAGGACCCACUGACCCCCCACAUUAAGGAAGAAGACGAGGUGCCGCAGACCCUCAACCUUAAAAAGGAAGAAAAGGAACCCCUGACCCCCCAUGUUAAAGAGGAAGAAGAUGUGCCAGAGACCCCGCACUUUACAAAGAAAGAGGAGGACCGACUGACGCCCUACUUUAAAGAGGAAGAGGAGGCACCACAGCCCCUUCACAUUAAAAAGGAAGAGGAGGAACACAGCAUCAGUCAGGAGGGAGAGCAUAUUGAAUGGUUGGAGGAGUUCCCAGUGAUUGGUGUGAUUGUGAAGAGUGAAGAUGACGAGGUCAAGGAUGAAAGUGAGGAGAAGAGAGAGGUGGAGUCUCCAAGCAGCAGCUCAACUCAACACAUGACAAAAGAAGCUGAUGGAGACCACUGUGGAGGAUCACAAGCAGACAAGCUCUUAGCUCCACUAUCAGAUAGUGACGACACAACGUCACACUCUCCUGACACUGAUGAUGAAGACUCUAAAGCUGAUAAUACAUGUCACACUGACAACACGCGCUUUACAUGUUCUCACUGUGACAAAACGUUUAAACACCACAGUUAUCUGAAAGUACACAUGAGAAAACACACAGGAGAAAAACCUUAUACCUGUUCAGUCUGUGGUAAAGGUUUUGUACAAAGUCAAAAUUUAAAAGUACACAUGAGAAUACACACAGGAGAAAAACCAUUUUCUUGUUCAAUUUGCGGUAGAUGUUUUGUAGCAAGUCAAAAUCUGAAACUACACAUGAGCGUGCAUACCGGACAAAAACCUUUUACCUGUUCAAUCUGUGGUAAAGGUUUUGUAACAAGUCAAAAUUUGAAAGUACACAUGAGAACACACACAGGAGAAAACCCUUUUACCUGUUCAAUCUGUAGUAAAGGCUUUGUACAAAGUCAAGAUUUAAAAGUACACAUGAGAAAACACACCGGAGAAAAACCUUUUAUCUGUUCAGUUUGUGGUAAAGGUUGUGUAACAAAUCAAAGUUUAAAAGUACAUACGAGAAUACACACUGGAGAAAACCCUUUUACCUGUUCUAUCUGUGGUAAAAGUUUUGUACAAAGUCAAAAUUUGAAAGUACACAUGAGAACGCACACUGGCGAAAAACCAUAUUCCUGUACAAGCUGCAACAAAAGCUUUUGCAGACAAAGAAACCUUGUAGUACACAUGAGAACACACACAGGUGAGAAAGUGUUGAGUUGCAGUGUGUGUGAUGAAAGAUUCUCUUAUAAGUACCAGUGUAAGAAACACAAGUGUGCUGGUGAGAACAGCAGCAGCAAAUGAAGCCAAGACUUUGAUAACUUUGACUUUCUAACAACAUAAACGUGUGACAUAAUUGUUGGUGUGUUACACAAUCUUGUUAAUAUGCUUCCACCAUUUAUAAAUUAGAUCUUUUCGUUUAGGUUUUUUUUUUUUUAAUUAUUCAAUAACAUGCAUCAAUAUGCAAAAUUGUGUAUUUAAAAAAAUAACAGCUAUUUGACUGAAAAGGUUCAGAUAAAACAGUGAACAUUGUAUCCGAUAUUGCAUAUUCAUAUUGGCCCUAGCGUGUGAAUGUGAGUGUGAAUGUUGUCUGUCUAUCUGUUGGCCCUGUGAUGAGUUGGCGACUUGUCCAGGGUGUACCCUUCCUUCCGUCCGAAUGAAGCUGAGAUAGGCUCCAGCACCCCCCGCGACCCUGAACGGGACAGGCGGUAGAAAAUGAAUGGAUGGAUAAUUCACUUCUAUACUUAUUCAGAACAGUGUUUUAUAUAGGUUUUAGAAAUAAUUAAGUGGGGUUUUUUUCUAAUUGUAAAUGAUUCCAUAGAUGAACUCCUUUGUAUGAUAUACAUAUAUGUUUUACAUGUGUUCAUACCUUUGCUUUUGAGUACACAUAAACCCCUCUUAGUUCAUGUUUACUGGUUCACAUCCGAAACAUCUUCUGGACCACUUCUGGAAGCAUAUUAUUAUUUACUUUAUACAUCAUUUGAGCAGUUGUGUUUUAUACAAGAUCAUUUACUUUUGAAAGGUGUGACUUGAUGAUACAUUAUAUUUAUUAUCAUUAUUACUCUUUUGUAUUAUGAAUAUCGUUUUGUGAUUGUUUUAUAUGUAUGUCCCUAGACCAGGGGUCGGCAACCCGCGGCUCCGGAGCCGCAUGCGGCUCUUUGACCACUCAGAUGCGGCUCAGCUGCAUACUUGCCGACCCCCCCAAUUUUCCCAGGAGACUUCUGGAUCUCAGUGCCUCUCCUAGUUAACUCCCAGGGCAAAUAUAAUCCUAUUUUCACUCUGAUUACUAAAUUAAGGGCGUGCCCUGAAUACACUGCAGUAAUUGUCCUCUAUAGUAUUUACAAACAGCGUGCCAGCCCGGCCACAUGUUGUAUGUAGCUUUUACUUGCACAC